AUGAGUUCGUCUGUAGAUUCGUCAGAUAUUGAUAUUACAGAUGAUGAAUCAACAAGAAAUAUAGAAAAUGAAGAAAAUAUCGUGAAAAAUUUAUUGCCGGCAAAAUCUAGUUUAAAAUACACAAAUUGUUAUGAAGAAUUUUGCAAAUGGAUGGAAAAUAAUAAAGUAAAAUCGAUCUCAGAAGAUGUCCUUUUGGUUUAUUUUAAUGAAGUGGCGAAAACAUUAAAUCCUACUACGCUUUGGAGCCGUUGGCCGAUGUUAAAGUCCGUGAUGGAUCUUCACAAGGGAAUUAAUAUUGACCAAUAUAAACGGCUCAAACAAUUUUUGAAAAACAAAUCAAAAGGAUUUGAACCGAAAAAAUCUAAAAUUUUUUCUCUUGGUGAAGUAAAAAAAUUUAUUGAGACAGCUCCAGAUAAUAUUUACUUAGCAAUGACGGUAAUCGCUAUCUUCGGGGUAUCUGGUGUAUUACGAACAGUCGAACUUUGUAAUUUAAAAACUACUGAUAUUGAAGAUACUGGUUCAAAAUUCGUAGUAACAAUAGCGGAUACGAAAAAUUACUACCCUCGAUCUUUUGUCAUCGGAGAUGAAUUUUACAAAAAAGUUCAAGGAUACAUGGCUAUAAGACCAAAUGAUACUACGACGGAUAGAUUUUUUCUAUUUUAUCACCACGGCAAAUGUACAAAACAGGUGAUCGGAAAAAACAAAUUCAGUGAAGUCCCAAAAACGAUGGCGAUCUUUUUGCAGUUGGAAAACCCUGAGCGUUACACUGGGCAUAGCUUUCGGCGGACGUCAGCCACUUUGUUAGCGAAUUCGGGAGCAACUCUUACGAUGAUAAAAAAUCACGGAUGCUGGAGAUCAAGUUCGGUAGCUGAAGGUUACAUAGAAAACUCGCUGGGAAAUAAAAUGCGAAUUUUUGAAAGAAUUGUAGAUGCUGAAAAACCAUCAACAUCGACGGGUAUUUAUAACACCUUCAUUUCGGUUCAGACUCCAUCUUCAACAUUUAAAGAACUACCAGAAACUUUAGAAAAUUCUCAUCUAAAUCAAAAAUCAGUUACUAUUAUUCCUUUAGAUUCUAUAAAUGUUGUAGAUUUGUCACCUAUUGUACUUGACGAUGAGACUCAGAAUGACUUACAUCCAGCCGGAAGUCCUGAGCGAGAUACUCAACCAACUAUUGUUGAACUUCCAUAUAAUUGUCCUUUAACUUCAGCUCAAGAUUGCAACAAAACAAUUGUAAUAGAGUCAAUUGAAAAUAUUGAUUCAGUAUUUGUUGAAAAAACUUCACCGCGUUCGGCUUAA